UCAUUGAUUUUAUGGCUUGAUGCAACUAUGUCCCAUCGAGUCACCUUGGAACUACUGAUACCAGCACAUAAAUAGAGAAAUGUAUCGACAUGGUGGUUUCUGCAUCCUGAUGAUAUCCUCAAAACGAUACAUCAUUUCCCUCUGUCACAAAUAUAGUACAGUUGCACUAUGUCUUCAGUUCAAAGCUCUGAAACCCACAAUGGCUUCUCUAUUGCUCCCUUACCCACCAUUGACCAUGCACACCUCGAAGCGAAAGACAGUGAAGAGGCCCAGCGGCUUCUGGAUGCCUGCAAAACCCAUGGAUUCCUCUACCUGGACCUCAGAAAUGUGGGAACAGUCCUAAAUGACUGGCAACGGGUUCUUCGCAUCAUGGAGAAAUACUUCAGCCAGGAUCUCAUGACAAAGAUGAAAGAUGACCGUCGCAGCGAUACCUACGGCUAUGAGCCCUGCGGAACCUCAGCAGGAGCAGUGCCCGGUACACUGGACUUCUACGAGACUCUGAAGAUUGCCCGUUCAGAAAUGUACGAAAAGUCAGCAUCACUCCCGCAAACCGCCAAAGACAAUCUCGAGCUCUUUGACCGCUUCAUCCGAGCCGCUGAUACCAUCACCACGACGAUUCUGGCCCGCCUUUCUGAUGCGUUCAAUCUGUGCUCCGGUUUACGCUUCGAGGACAAACAUCGUCCUGAUGGGAAAUCACGAAGCACACUGACCCUCUUCCGAUAUCCAAAACAAGAGGCGCAGGAGAACAAGGUUGGUCAUAAUAAGCACACCGACAUCGGAACCCUCACCCUCCUGUUUAGUGAGCAAUGGGGCUUGCAGGUUCUUUCGCCUGAGACAUCGGAGUGGAGCUUUGUCGCUCCAAAGCAAGGCCAUGCUGUUAUUAAUGUUGGUGACUCGUUGCGCUUUCUAUCUGGGAAUGUACUCAAGUCGUGCGUUCAUCGGGUCGCGCCCCGGAAUGAGUCUGGUCGUCAAGAGGAGCAUCGGUACAGUAUUGCAUAUUUUCUCAGAGCGGAGGAUGUAGUGCAAUAUAAGGAUAGUAAGGGUCGGGUGAUCAGCGCUAGAGAUUGGCAUGACGAGAAAUAUGAGGUAUUUCGAUUGAGUCAUGAUGAGUCUAAUAGCGACAGGAUUUUGACUGGUGGGAUGGAGAAGGGUGGGCAAUUCAUUGUUUCAACUAUCUCACAGGAUGAGUGAGGUGUAUUUCGUUUCUCCUUCACUUCGUCCGUUGUGUUUUUUCGCAGGCUCGGAAGCCAUGCUUUGGCGUAUUAGGGCUACAGCAAAGUGCAGAUAUAGUGAGGCUGAAGCCAAACUGCUCGAUGCGUGGUCGGUGGUUUUGCUGUGCAAAAUGUUAGUUUAGUUACCCCCAGAUUGAGGCCGUACAUGCAUUUUAUAUUGCCAUGUCUCUUGUCCUGAGAUGAAUUCACUCUGAUUAGUCGCGUUUGUACAUUCCAGACUUGGAUAAACAUAUAUAGCAGAAGUGGUGACUCCUACGCUUCGUGACCCUACUUAUGUUCACUUCCUCCACUAGAUAUACUCUGUGAUAUUAACCUCAAGCAAGUGAUCAACGACCAUUUUUAGGCUGGAAUCUGUCAACUAGCUCUAU